UGCCUGGGCCUCGGGAGCGUAGACAUGGCCAGCCUGGGUCUGAGCAGGGAGCCAGUUGCCGUGGGGCCGGGUCCUGUAUAAACCUCCCAAAAGACAGGCCCUGCCCCACAGCCCCGCAGUCUAGGUCGAAGAGAAGAGCUGGCCAAUGCAGAUGGACAGGGAGCACGGGAAUCAAGGAGGCCGUACCACGCCCACCGGGGGCCUAACCACUGGGAAGUCUGUUGGAGCGUUUCCCGGCGGGGGCAGGAGGCCGAGGAGGGAGCCAUGCGGAUGUUUACGGAGAGCGCUGCCCAAGCAGCGGGAAAGGGAUCGUCAGCAGGUGCGGGCUGGUGGCGCUGUGGAUGGCGGGCUCCCUCCUCGGCCUGUCCCAGGACGUCUCCCUGGAGAGGAUCGUGCAGGUGGCGCUGGAGAGAGGCUACACCGCCCAAGGGGAAAUGUUCUCAGCGGCUGCUAUGGCCCGGCUGGCCGAGGAGCUGUUCCAGUGCCGGGCCGAGCUGCUCUCCGGAGGUCUGGAGGGAGAGAACCGGGGCAAGAUCCUUCGCCAUCUGACCGCUGGCUGCCCCCUGCUACUGCCCUACGACGAGGACUCCAACCAUGAGCCCUGCAGGCGACGCGGCUACAAAGCCCACUGGGCCGUCGUCUCAGGAGUCCUGCUGGGCCUCAGGGGCGGCGCCCUCAGCCCGGCCUGCCAGGAGGACGGGGAGAUCUCCGGCCUCUUCCGCCCCGGCCCGGCCUGCCCCCCGCCCGCCCCGGAGGACGUGCUGGAGAUCUACCUGCUCUCCAAGCAGGGCAAGAGCUGGCGCCCCCAGCUGUGGAGCUACCGGCAGGCGCACGAGAGCAACGCCCAGCUGACCGACUUCUGCCCCAAGCGGGCAGGCGACGGCAAGGCCUACGUGGUGCCCGCGGGAGGCGUGAGGGCAGGGCUCUGCGGCAAGACCCUGCUGCUGCGCCCACGGACCGCACAGAGCGCCCUGCCCCAGCCAGCCGGGCCACCCCCUGCUGCCGAGCGCUAGGAGCCACUAGAGCACCGGGCGGAGGAGACGCCCUGCAGCCCUUGGGCCCACCCAUGCUACGAGGGACAGCGGGGCCUAGUGGGUAGAGCACUGAUCUGGGACUCGGGGGGCCUGGCUCUGCCUCUCUUCCCCUCUCUGUGCCUCAGUUUCCCCGCUGCAAAAUGGGGCCGAUGAUCCAGCCCUCGUUUGCAGAGCGCUUGGAGGCGGAGCAGUGCCCGGGGAGGGGCAGGGUGCAUCAUACUCAGACCCACUGAGGAGAGAGCCGCUGGGGUUUAAGUGCCAGGUGCGGCCCCGGCCCCUUUCUCCUGUGCCGCAGGAAGCCCUGAUGCCCGCCGGGCUGCGGCCGGGGGGGAGACGCAGCUAUUCCAGGCCUCUCCAGAGGAGCUGCCGCUCUUCCACCCACUGACGCUUUUCAGACUGACCCAGAUUCCUGCUUUGAGGCCACGGUGCCAGGAAACGGCAGGUACUUGUGGCCGGCUCUGAAAAUAACUUCACGCUUCCUGUCUGCCACCCGCCACUGUUAGCUCUUGAGAGCAGGGACUGGCUCUCAGUCGGGGUCUGGGUGGCGCCCAGCCCGAGGGGGCCCCGAUCUUGGCCAGGGUCAGUGGGCAGCAUCCGGCACGACGGGGCCCCGAUCUCGGCCAGGGUCUGGGCGGCGCCCGGCCC